UUUUGAGUUACUAUUACAUGAGACAUGCGGUCGAAAACAAAUCUAAAGUGAAAAAAGAUAACCAUCUGGACAUUAACUAGAGAACCAACAGUGCAUUUAUCGUAAAUAAUAGAGUAUUCGAAGUUUAUCGGGGACUUUGUUUUCACAGUCACAGUCGGGAUAUAACUGCAUUAUUGAAACCAAAAUGAAAAUAAGGCGUUGUCUUCAUUUUACCCUGAGACAUUUACGAAGCAUAUCAGAGAAGAUUCAAAUGUAAUUAUCGUCCUGUGGAACUUGUUUCUGAUGAUAAAUGGAUUGACUCUGUUACUGCUCACGGGUGGGACACGAUUGAUUUACCAUGUAAACAGAUUUGAUUAACACUUAUCUGCAGUCAUAGUGAGUAUUGAAUUUGCUUUGACAUGUUGGUAUAUGUAGCUAUCAAAUCGAUAGAAGAUCUCUUUGUCAGAUGACCACUGAAAUUAGAAUGACUUAUUCACCUUAUCUGUCUAGACGUGUUGUAGAAACAUUGCUGUGUAUGCUUCAUUACAGUUAAUAUCGGGAUAACUUUUCAGCUCAUCUUAUUUGUGUGUUUGUGUGAAGCAUUUUAGCUCAAAUAAUUACAAGUGUCAAGGAUUCGGUGAAAACAAUGGUUUGUAACUUACUUGUAUUGCUUCUUAUUGGAGCGGCUAGUCUGCCAGGUACUGUCCAUUCUGCUACGAGUGAUAACGUGAAAGCGCUCUAUACAAAUAUCUUCACCACUAACUCCUACAACAAGAGGGUUCGACCAAGUUUAGAUCUCUCAACCCCUACGAACCUGUAUGUGGAUUUGGACCUAGUUGCUAUAUCAGACAUCAGUGAAGUCCAAGAAAAAAUGACAACCACGGCAUCCCUUUUUAUAAUGUGGACAGACGAAUAUUUAAAAUGGAACCCGUCUGAUUAUAACGAUACUAUGACCAUAUACCUUCCACAAGACAUCAUCUGGAAACCUGAUAUUGCUCUGGAAAAUGGUUUUUCUAAACUGGUGGAGCUUGGGGAUAAUUUCAUACUGACUACAGUUUCAUUCGAUGGCAGCGUAAUAUGGCGUCCAUUUGAGGUAUUUGAUACAAAAUGCUCUAUAAAUAUCAAAUAUUUUCCAUUCGAUCAACAAACAUGUUCGUUAAAAUUUGGAGUUUGGACGAACCCGUUGAGUGAUAUUACUAUCGCAGUGGGAAGCAAUGGUGUUAUCCUUCAGGAAUACCAGUCCAACGGUGAGUGGGAUAUCGUAAAGACUUCUUCCGAGGCUUCGGUAUCGAGUCAGUUUGGAGCGUUGGUUACGUAUACAAUAACUGUUCAAAGAAAACCGCAGUACAUUCUCCUUAAUGUGGUUCUACCAAUUCUUUUACUGUCAAUACUUUCUGUGUUCGUUUUUGCCCUUCCUAUAGAAAGCGGAGAGAAGAUGGGCUAUGUCAUGACAGUGUAUUUAGCGUUUGCUGUCUUUCUAACAAUUGUAAGUGCGUCACUUCCGGAAAGCUCGUCAAUGUCCUUACUGAGUAUGUACUUAGUAAUACUGGUGUUGAUGGGAACAGCAAUCGUCAUUAUUACAACGUUAGAGCUUAGACUUCACUACCGCGAUAGUUCUCAUGAAAUUUCAAAAGUUUUCCGAUAUAUGAUUCGUUCAAGCAAAAUAUUGCAGUGUAAGAAAUCGCAUAAGAAAGUUGAUGAUAGCAGUAAAAUUGAAGUACUUCCAAAAGAAACUUCUGAAAUGCCACCUGCCGAAUCAGUCGUGGAUCCUGAAAAAACGGAAGAGGUGACUUGGCCAGAUGUUACGUCAGCAAUUGAUUUUUUCUGUUUCUGGUUCUUCCUGAUCGCAACUAUAGUGAUUACUAUUGGUUUAUUUGCAAGCGGCUACAUUAAUGGUGCCAAUUAGUGAUGAAUUACUGAAUAUACUGAGUUAUCAUACUUGCAGUGCAAAGGGUAUAUUACCAAAUGUAUCCUCGGGGUACAACUUUUGAAAACCCAGCCUCCUAUCAGAGUUCCGAAUUUACGUGUGCUAUGGAUUUCAAUAUCAUUUGUGUCAUUUGAUGAUCAAAACGCGUAAGUGACUAUGGAUUGUCAUCUCUACUGAAACAAUUAGCAUAGGCAAUAUCUUAUAUGUUAAAACAUUUGUCCAUAAUGCUUUGAAUAGCACAAAUGAUUUGAUCGUAUGUCCACUGUUUAACUUAUAUUGAGCUUUUUGAUUGGUUGAUUUUAUAAAGUGGUUAGCAUGUAUUGAUUGCAUUAUGGAUUUUACAAGAGUAAAAUAGUGUACUUUAAGUA